AUGUUUCGUAGAAUAUCAUCGACUUCAUGUGCAUUUAAUGCUCCAUUUCUUGUUAACGCUAGACGUUUUUUAAUCCCUGAAGACCCAUUGGAACGGGAAAGGGAGAAAGAAUUGCGAGAAAAGGUACUUCAAAGAUAUCGUGGAAUGAAAAUACCAGAGAUGGUUAAUUUUCGUUAUGGUCACUUCGCUUCAGAGGAGGGUGCAACAGCUUCUGCUGCUUCUCAAGCUUAUUAUGCAGCUAAUGGUGGUUUACCAAUUGGAGGAGCUGGUUCAACCGGCAGACAAGGCGUAGACUGGCUUAUGCUUUUUACUGGUUGUGCACUGGUUUAUGUGACAUCAAAGUUUAUGUUACGACGUUUUUCAGGAGGUGAUAUGGAUGAUGUUAGCAUACCUUUAUGGACUGCAAGUCUAGAUGUACAAGCAAAAUAUUUACUGUUUUCAAUUCAAUUUGACGUAACAGCUCGUGAAGAAAUUAGAAAAUCUUAUCAUAAUGUUCGUCAGGCAAAUCCUUUUACAGAUUUUUUUCAGUGGUUAAGAUUUCGACAUCCGGAAUUUGGACAAGGUAUUGUUUACAGCUAUGAUGACGCUGUUGAAACUUUGACUACCAUUCUUUCAAGCGGUAAUUCUCAAACUUUGAUGAUUUUGGCUCGUGGUGUUCAAAAUGCUCUUAGAAAAAAAGAUGGUAACCCUGCCCAACGAAUUGAUGAGUUCCUGAUUAGUUUGGGAGCUUUAGCAAGAGUGAAAAGAAUGGAAACAAAUACUUUGGUUCCCGGAUAUGUACAACCUACACUUCUACCUCCGCAACCUACAGUAGUAUAUGGUACUGAACCCACAACUAUUCAAAAUGCCCUUGAUGCAACUCCAAGCGAACGUCAUAGUUCUGUUCCUUUCCAGUAG